CUCCUUCUUCCCCAACUGUCCAAAACCAGAGAGGAAAAGAAAGAGAGCCCUUUCAGUUUCACCGGAAUAUGUAACUCCACACCAGCUAUGUCUUCUCGUUACAACCAUCCUCCUCCUUUUCUCUUCAUAUUUAAAAUCUCCAACUCUCUUCUCUCCGGCCAAGCCUUGAUCGGCGCCAACCACACCUCCGCCCGCUUCUGCUCCCGCUAAACCUCCUCCGCCGCAACCCGAUUCUUCCUCAAAAAUUUUAUUCAUUAAUUCUUUUUCCGACUGAAAUUUUGGAUACAAAAAAGCUGUGAAUUUAUAGAGGUUUACAUAGAUGGAGCCUAUUACUGCGAAGCCGGGGUUCCUCAAGAACACUCUGGUGCGGUGUUUCUUGUUCGGCGUUGUGCUGGUGCUGUUCCGGUUCGCUUACGUCAUCACCGUGACCGGAGAGUCGUGUAGAGUUGGAAAUUUCUGCUUCCUGAAAGAGAAUCUCAACUUCGUCAUCCCCGGCAGCGGCGCGUCGGCGGCGGUGGCGGCGAACGGCGCGGUUUCGACCGGUGCGGUGGGGCCGGAGAGGAAGGACGUGUACACCAGCAAGGACUGGAUCAAGGCCGUCCAUUUUUACUCCGCCGUUUUCCAAGAUCUGAUCUCGCAAGGGUUUCUCUCGCCGGAAUCGAAGUCCUUGUGCGUGGAGACUCCGACGGGGCAGGAAGUUUACGCCUUGAAGGAGACCGGCGUGAAGAACGCCGUCGGGAUUUUCAAGAAGGCGUCGAGGCCGUUGGUGGUUCGCGGCGAGGCGCACCGGAUGCCGUUCGCCGAUAACUCGUUCGACUUCGUUUUCUCCGGCAACGGGAGGCUGGACAAGUCGCCGAAGGCGGCGGAGUUCGCGGCGGAGAUUGUUAGGACGCUCAGGCCCGAAGGGUUUGCGGUGGUCCAUAUCGGAGCCAAAGAUACGUAUAGCUUCCAUUCUUUUAUUGAUUUGUUCAGUUGCUGUAAGUUAGUUACUUCACGCGACAUCGACGGCUUUAAUUCGUCGAUGCCGCAUAUACGUGAGAUGGUGUUGAAAAAGGAGUGUGAUGCUUCUACUGAAGUGUCAAAUUCCGGCGGAAGUUCCGGUAAUGAGUGCUCGGUGCCGGGGCAUAAGCUUGAGUUGGUGAGGAAGGCCGAGCCGAUUAUUCAAAUCGAGCCGUUGAAGCCGUGGAUUACAUUGAAGAAGAAUAUACAGAAUGUGAAGUAUCUCCCUUCGAUUGUGGAUAUUAGCUUUAAGAGGAGGUAUGUUUAUGUUGAUGUUGGAGCUAGGAGCUAUGGUUCGAGUAUUGGGAGCUGGUUCAAGAAGCAGUACCCGAAGCAGAACAAGACUUUUGAAGUUUUCGCCAUUGAGGCUGAUAAGACUUUUCAUGAGCAGUAUAAGAUGAAGAAGAGGAUUACUUUGCUGCCGUAUGCGGCGUGGGUGAGGAAUGAGACAUUGUCGUUUGAGAUUAAUGGAGACCCCGGGGAGAAGGUGAAGGAGAAGGGUAGGGGAAUGGGGAGGAUUCAGCCGGGGAAGUCGGCCAAUGGAGGGUUUGAUGGUCAGGUGGAUAGGAUUCAAGGGUUUGAUUUUGCGGAGUGGGUGAAGAAUACUUUCACAGAGAAGGAUUUCGUGGUGAUGAAGAUGGAUGUGGAAGGGACGGAAUUUGAUUUGAUUCCGAGGCUGUUUGAGACCGGGGCAAUUUGUUUGAUCGAUGAGGUGUUUCUUGAAUGCCAUUACAAUAGGUGGCAGAGGACGCUCCCUGGUGAGAGGAGUGCAAAGUAUGAGAAAACUUAUGGCCAGUGCUUGGACUUGUUCACUUCUCUAAGGCAAAGUGGGGUUCUUGUUCAUCAGUGGUGGUGAGUGGUGACAUUACAGGUUUCUUUGAUAUUAGUCAUACUCCAGUUUCUUUUGUAAUUUUGUUUUACAGAAAGACUCAAACGUAGUUUUAUGGUUGUAAGAAUUGCAGCUGAAAAAUGAAAAUUUCGUUACUUGUUUUUAGUCCAGAAGAAUACAUCUUUAGUUCUGUACUCUCUUAUACAGUCUAUUGAUUACAGUUGAUUUGAUUUGUGCU